AUGUCCUCAAGUCGGCCUGACAGCAACUCCCAACAGAUCCACGCAGAAUACCUCCUCGCCAAUCCGGCUCCAGGAACAUUUUUUAAACGUCACCUCCCCAACAGGCGUUUACUGCUACAGCUCCAAAAGGCAACUGUGGCAACUGAUGGUACCCGGGGAAGACUAGUACCUGCAUACGAUGUCCGUUGCGGGGGGUCCUUCGUACGACGUCUAGCAGGGUGCUUCAGUAAUGUCACCGCAAAAGACAUCCUCAUUGUCGCAACCGGGGACGGGGAGGAGGAAGAUCUAGUUCAAAAGUCUGAGAUCUUGGCCAGCAUCAGAAGGGUCCCUGCCAAGGAGCCAGAGACACCUGAGAAGCUUCUUGUGAAGUUCUUUGAUGAGGUUACUUGGAAUUGUGAGAGAUUGCCAUCAGGAACAUUUCAGUUCACGCCUGCGAGCGGAGAGGACCCGAAUAUCCAAGCUUCGUGGGAGCCGGAGCCAGGGGCUUCGAAGGGCUAUACUUUCAGUGUCACGACGGUAUCCCCAGCAGCAACCCCACGAUCACCAACGCCGAAAUCGCCUAAAUCGCCUGUCAAACCAAGGAAUGUCUUGGCCCGUAUGGAUGCGGAGAAUAUACAAGUGUUUGGUGUUCGCUCGGCCCCGAAGGGUUCUUUCUUAGGUAAAAUAGACGAGAGGAAUCUAGAAAGGAUGGUGUUGGUGUCGGGGAUGUGCAUUCGGGCUUUACAGGGUUUAUUAUAG